AUGGAGACAUCAUCAAGACGAAGCCGACGAGCCUGCGAGCCAUGCCGUCGAAAGAAGUCAAAGUGUACAGGAGAGCGACCUGUUUGCUCAUUCUGCGAGAGACUGAGUCGGAAAUGUGAAUAUGCUGCCAGAGGCACUCUAGUGAAUAAUGAAACCACACGCGUACAAAGCGUUUCGAAGAAAUCCACGAAAGAUCGAGUUCGCCACCUCGAAUCGCAGGUUGCGUCUCUUACAGAGUUGCUCGAGGCACGCACCGGUAGUUCUGGAGCCGAUGGGAGCACGCAAGUAGCUUGCGCGAUAAGUCGAAAUGGAAGUUCAGUGGAGAAUAUGGACAUGACCUCGCUGCGGAUGUCAGGUUUCUCUGAUGAUCAACCUGACCCUCCGCCAGAAGUAAUAGCCUACUUCAUAAAGGAGUACGGCACGACAGUCCAUCUGCAACCUCUCCCUUUAUUUGACCUUGAUAAUCUUACUGCAAAACUUGGCUCGUCCCCUCGGUAUCUGGUGCACAGCUUCUUGGCACUUAUGUUGGAGUUCUCCUCGCACAGAUUCUACCAUGGUAAGCAAGAACAAGCCGCUAGCUAUUAUACUGGCUCUGCAGUAGCUACCACACAACAGCUUGCAUCCGAGGGGAAGCCUCGAGUAGAGCUUAUACAGGCUCUGUGUAUGCUGUCGUUUAGGGAUAUCAAAGGAGGCGACUUGGCUCGAGCGUGGAUGUCCAUCGGUACUGCAGCCAGACUACAAAGCAUCUGCACUCUCCAACACAGCAAAGGUCUCAAUACGGACGAGCACGAUAUCCAUAAUAGAUGCUAUUGGAGUAUCUACAUGAUCGAAGCAGCUUUCUUCCCCCACAUGCCCCGAGCUCCAGACUCAAACAUCACUCGUAAACACCCACCCAGCGCAGAGCCUCCGCCGUCAAUACCCCUCGACGCGAACGAGGUCAACGCACUUGACUUUGAUAAUGCCGUGGGCGCAACCGACGAUGUGGGCAUAAACACACACGCUGGUAGGAUGAUAUCUGUAUGGAGCCGAGUCGCUAAUCAUCUCCACGAGAUCAAAAUGGGAGAAGUCGAAAUACCCUGGUUGCCAGAGUCAACAUACUCCAAGCUUAACCUCACGCUAUUCGAGUAUGAAGCCCAGUUCCACCAGAGACACUUGAUGAGAAAUCUGUUUCCGUUCAAGAGACUGCCUGAUGAAAUACGGGCUUAUCGCCAGUACUGGAAUUCCUGGUUGACAACACAUCUCAUCCUUCACGCAUCCCUUGCACUGCUGAACCACCCAUUUGUCCACCUUGUUGCUUUGCGACGCAACAAGGGUAUCAGCCAGUCUAGACUCUUUCUGCAACAAGUUGUAGACCAGGCUCUGUUUCACUCUGGAUGGGUGUUUUGGCUCAUUGGCAUAUUUGAAGACCUGUCUUUCGAGAUCUCUAACCCUCUGAUUGGACUGGCUGUCGCUGCUACGUCUACUAUCCCAUGGCUCUAUCAAUUUGUUAGAAAUGCCAAGGUUGCUCGGAAGGCUAGUCAGAACCUGGCCAAAGGGCAGAGAUUUCUCGAGCGGUUAUCAAAAGCUUGGCCUUGCAUGUACCAGAAGAUUGAAAGUCUCAAGCGACUGCAGUCACUCGUCAUAGGAACCCCGGCAGAGGCACUCAGUACGGAUACUACCAUAAAAUUUCCGCCUUCUAUGAUUUGGGAACUUUUGGACCCAAUCAUGCAAAACACCAGCUUACCGGAUGGAAGCCAGAUUUCGUUCCCCGAGAGUCAGUCUCACGUGAGUAUUCAUGUGACCACAGACUUUCUACACCCUCUGGCGGAUGAUGACGUGGAGCUGAGUCCAGUGAAUUGGCAAGAUGAUCUGAUGUAUGGGAAUGACUUCCUUCACGAUCUGUAUCCUGUUUCUCUUGUCCCCUUUGACUUUCAGUAA